AUGGCGGCCUCCCAGCUGGCAGCACUGGAAGGAUCGGAGCCAGGGCCUGGGGGACUACCCCAGACUGAGGCCAGCCCUGGCUUCCUGUACUCCGAGGGCCAGCGUCUGGCACUGGAGACUCUGCUGGGCCAGGGUGUAGAGGCGUUUGAGGCCUGCCUGCGGCGCGAGGGGCUGCGGCCCUUCCUGGGCAGAGAGGAGCUCCGGGACCUGGUGGCAGCGGCUGAGCACUGGGCAGCUGCAAAGCCUGAGCCUGGCGGGGCAGCAGAGGGAGCCGACGCCACCCAUGGGGUCUCGGGCAGCCUGACCUACUGGCCGGGACAGUCGGAGGAGGCGGUGCCCGUGCUGCGCCUGGGCUGGCCGGAAGACUCAGCCUGGAAAGGGAUCACCCGGGCCCAGCUGUACACCCAGCCGCCUGGCGAGGGCCAGCCAUCCCUCAAGGAGCUGGUGCAUCAGGAGAUUCGGGCCGCCCAGAAGCUGGUGGCCGUGGUCAUGGACGUCUUCACUGACCCAGACCUGCUUUUGGACCUGGUGGAGGCUGCCACUUGCCGCUGGGUGCCUGUCUACCUGCUCCUGGACUGUCAGCAGCUGCCUGCCUUUCUGACGCUGGCCCAGCAGCUGGGGGUCAACCCCUGGGCCACUGAGAACCUAGACAUCCGAGUCGUGCGGGGAUGCAGUUUCCAGAGCCGCUGGUGUCAGCAGGUGAGCGGCAACGUGCGGGAGAAGUUCGUGCUGCUGGACGGCGAGCGGGUCAUCUCAGGAUCUUACAGCUUCACAUGGAGUGACUCUCGCCUGCACCGUGGCCUGGUGACCCUGCUGACCGGUGAAAUCGCCGAUGCCUUCAGCCGAGAGUUCCGGACGCUGUAUGCAGCCUCCUGGCCGCUCCCGCCCGCGCCCACCCCGGGUCCCUUUGUUAGAGCCCUGGGGGGGCUGCAGCUGGCCCACAGCCCGAACCGCGUGGCCCACCGCUGCUCUGUGGCCCCCCUGUCGCCGCCAGCACCGCGCGAUGGCUCACUGACCCAACGCCUCGCCGCCUGCCGAGUCUUCGAGGGGGACAGGCAGGAGACCCCGGCCGCGCCAGGCCCGGCUCUGAGUGACAUCCUGAGGAGCAUGCAGCGCUCCCGGGUCCCCAGCGGCCCCCCAGCCCGGCCCAGCCGCUCCCUCUGGGACCUGAGUCGCCUGUCGGGCUCUAGCGAUGGAGACAACGAUGAGCUCAAGAAGUCCUGGGGCUCCAAGGACACACCAGCCAAGGCCCUGAUGAGGCAACGGGGUGCUGGAGGGGCCCCUGGCGGGGAGGCGGAUGCCCGCCCGCUGGCCUGGUCCCAGCCCUGGGGCGGCCCCCUGCCCCUCACCCCUGGCCGCCGCCUCCGCUAUCUGUCCCCGACCCGGAUGAGGUUUGCUGAAGAUGCUGCCUCCAAACUGUUGGAACCCAGAGGCAUCCGGCAGCCAGACAGGGCCACCCAGCCAGGACUCAGGGGGCGGCCCUGA